AUGACUAAGUUCUCUAACAACAUAAGUGAAACUCAAGCUAGAAGUAGUGGUUCUAUGCCAUCUAAUACUAUGAUAAAUCCUAAGUCUCUUAAUGCCAUUACUUUGAGGAGUGGUAAAAAAGUUGAUUUCAAUGAAGAGCUUGGGGAUGAUGAAGUUGACGAGGAAAUAGUGGUGGAAUCACCUUCUACUUCUAGUGAGCCUAAAAUUACUCCUAAAGAAGCUUCUAUCAAAUUUGAAAGUGCUAAAGAGAAAAAUCUACUUAAGAAGUCCUUGAAGCCACCAAUAGUUAAAGAAGAAUCACAAAUGAAGGACAACAAGAAAGACCAACACAAUCAUGCCUCUUCAAGCAAGGGUAGUGAGUUAUUUAGCAAACUUGAGGUAAAUAUGCCUAUGCUUGAUUUGAUAAAAAAGAUGCCUAAGUGUGAUAAAAUUUUGAAGGAUAUAUGUACAAACAAGAGGAAAUACAAGCAUAGUAAGAGAAUCCAACUAGGGUCUAGUGUGAGUGCCUUGUUUAAACCACAAUUGCCCAUCAAAUGCAAAGACUUUGGUGCUCACACUAUUCCUUGUACAAUAGGAAAACUCACUAUUACUUAUGCAUUGCUAGACUUGGGAGCUACCAUCAAUGUUAUGCCUACUUUUGUCCAUAAGAAAUUAGGUAUCAAAUCUUUAAAGGACACAGGUGUAGUAUUAGGCUUGGCCGAUAGAAGUGUGAGGUAUCCCCAAGGUAUCUUAGAGGACGUGUUAGUUGAAGUGAAAUGUUUUGUGUUUCUGGCUGAUUUCUAUAUACUUGACAUGACCAACGAGAUGCACACCAAUAGCACCUUAAUCCUAGAAAGACCAUUUGAUCGGACCGGAAUAUCACCUUCCAGGUUAUCAAGAAUGUGA